CUCGUCUGAGAACUGUACAUAGGUAGUACAACUGCCUCAACAUCAUCAACCUUUUAAAAACCUCGGACCAUCGACAUUGUCGUAGACGUUCAGGAGCCAAUUACCAAUCGAUGUCGAUGGAGGGCAUCUUGGUAGAGAAAAGCGAAGAGGAUGUUACUCUUCUGCCCGCCGGUAUCCUGAGUAAAAACGUCCCCACCCGCCCAGAGUCAACAUGCGGAAUCUGCUAGACAAAUGCACCAGCUUUGGUCGUUGCGCAUGACAAGCUUGGCCCAGUAGUUUUAUCCUGUUUAGCUAGUUGUCAGAAGCGUCACAGAUCUAGCGCAUCGCGCUUCUUGGAGCAUGACAAAAUCCGAAACACGACUAGGGAAGAACGGCUCUCAUGGAGCUCCGCAUGAGAAACAUUUUCAGCAUGUCGAUUUGCAUUACAACUAUGAGGUGGGGACGUUUAUUUUAUUCGGGAUAGCCGGCGCAUUGGGGUGCCAAGUGGAGCAGGCGGAGACCACGUUUAUUUGCCGAGAGAAGUCCUCUAUGGGUUGCAAAAAUCCCUGGAUGUCUGGAAGAUUGCAACUUGUCAUGCUAAAUCCGAAACAUGCAGAAAUCUGUGUUGCGCGAGUGCCAAAAGCUGUCCACUUUCGACCAACUUUGGAGGGAGUUUCUCAUGCAGGAUUGGCAUGAUAAAACUCUCACCGAGUCUGUCAUGCUAGGUCGUGCAUUCCAGACCUCAUGGGGCAUGGAAAAUAUGCAUGACAAGUCUGCACUCUUCCAGACCCAGACAUUUUUGCAUUUGAUUUCCUCGAACAGCGCUCAGCUUGAGGGGAAGGAGCCGGUUGUACUAGGCGGAUCAUAUAAAAAUAAAAAAGCCAAUUCCCCCAGGCCCAGCACCAGCACCCAAUCGGCGGAUAAUCUGUCAGUGAGUGAGCCGCAGCACAAUUACAAUGAGUUGCCCACACUCACGCAGGCAGAGGAGCACGCGCGGGCUAACGGAUUGCGUUUGAAGAGAAAGUGGCGCCAGUGGCGAAAGGAGUGGAGUCAGGUUGAAGAAGGAACCACCGAGGUGGGCGAUAACAUUUCCGCUGGCCCCGGCAUCAUUUUCAUUCAACCUGCUGCUAACCGCUAUCAUUCCUGGGUGCGCAAGAACCCGGAGCCGCAGAUGCAUCGCUUUAUGGUGUCUGAGAACCAUCCGCACACGUAUGAUGAGCUGCCUACUCUCGAGCUGGCACAGAAAUACACGCGGGAAAACGCAAAGCGACUAAAUCCAAAGUGGCGAGCAUGGCGAGAAAAGUGGGCAGAAGAAAUGAAAGAAGUGACCGACGCCGGCCCUGACUUCGCAGGCCCUCGGUACAAGCAUUGGGGCGACCGGUAUCAGGUCUGGGUCGCCUACAACCACGAGCCCAAGAUGAUUGGUUCGACUCCGCGUGUGAGUUUGAAACAUCCGCACAAGUUUCAUAACUUGCCUACUGUUGACGCAGCGGAGGAGUGUGCGCGAGACCGCGGGAAGCGGCUAAACCCGGCUUGGCGAGAUUGGCGAAUGAGGUGGGAACAGGAUACUUACUUUAAGGCCUGUGUUGACCGCGGCAAGGAUGUUGGAUCCAGAAAAGCUAUAGCUGAGUGCUUUUCAGAGUGGGUGUGCACGUGGCCCUACAAUCCAGAGCCGGUGAUGUUUCUGUACUGAAUCUAAUUACGGAGGAGGCUACGAGGUUUCGGCUCCGGCCCACCUAGCAGCGUGUGCCGUUUGACACUGUGCAGUAGAAUGGUGCUAUUUGAUGUUGCCGCUAUGGUUAUCUAUUGUUUUUCUUUCGUUGCAUAAAUCGAGCAGGUCUUGCAUGCAUAAAUCUAGCAGGGCUUGCAAGUUGUUCUUUGUAGUCAGCAAUUAUUUGUUCUUGGUCUGCAAUUAUGAAAAUCUUUGGGCUGCUGCUAUUUUAUUCUCGGUGCCAUGAUGCAGUAGCAUUUUGGUUUCUCACUACUAAACAAGUCAAGUAUUUUUAUGUUCUAGAUGACUUAACUUUCUUAUCCCUUUCUGUGUCUUGUUCCAAUCACUGCAAUAUCCGAAUUUACAUUUUACCGAUGUACUACUAUUUAGUCGCGCACUCGGGGCCCUGGACAAGCAAUGCCAACAAAGCUGAGCUCCUUCGCCUCAGUUCGGCAAGCUGGUUGCCCUUCGUGAAGUGAGGCGCCUCAACUCAGGCCAUUUUUGUAUAACCCGCCCCCGACUGCGAGGUGGCUCGAGGAGAGACAAAUGACACGGCCCCACGUGGCUACCAGCAUAGCCAGGCUCCUCCAGCUUCGGCCUCUGGGGCAGGUAGGUCUGCAAGGGUUGGGCGGGCUCAGCUCAGAAGGGGGCGAUGGGUUUUGCCUUCAAAGCUGAAGCGCCUCGGCUCUGGCAAUUUAGAAGAAAGCAGCGGGAGGGCAGGGGCCGUUUCCGGGUUGGGACGAGGGUCGCCUGGGUUCCGAAAAAUGUGGCGUAGGUUUGGAAGGAGGGGGUCCGGGCUCCGAAUGAGGGCGCUUAGGCUGUGGAAGAAGUGGUCUGGGCUCCGCGUGAAGUUGGCCGGGGCCCACAGGAGAAGACCUGGCUCAGGGAGGAGGCGGCUGAACUUGUAGAGGAGGUGGUCUGGGUUGGGAAGGAGAAGG